AUGGCAGAAGUGACCGUUAUUUCUUCAACCAUUGUCCGACCUGGAAACAAAGAUCAACCGGGUCGGGAAAAGAUCCAUCUAGCUCCACAUGACCUCCACCUUCUUUAUCUUGUUUAUCCUCAAAGAGGUCUUCUCUUCCCCAAACCCGACCCGAAAACCCGUUUCAUCCCUCAGCUAAAGGCCGCUCUCUCCACUGCCUUAGAGAUAUAUUUCCCGUUCGCUGGUCGUCUCGUCAAAGUGGACAAUCACCAAGACAAUACAGUGUCGUUUUACAUCGACUGUGACGGAUCAGGCGCCAAGUUCGUUCACGCCAAGGCCGAGUCUGUCUCCGUCGACGAGCUUCUUCAGUCUCGUGGCUCUGUUCCACAUUUCAUGAAUCUUUUCUUCCCGGCAAACAAUGUGGAAAGCCGUGACGCCCUAACCUCAGAGAUCUUGCUUGCAUUGCAAGUCACCGAGAUGAAAGAUGGAGUUUUCAUCAGUUUCGGUUAUAACCACAUGGUGGCUGAUGGUUGUUCGUUCUGGAGCUUCUUCCACACUUGGUCCAACAUUUUCCGGACCGGUUCCGGUCACAACUCUCAGCCUCUUGCUCUCAAAGAUUGGUCACUUGACAAGAUUGAUUACCCGGUCCGUAUACCGGUUUCAGAGAUGGAGAGGCCACAAAACUGUGAGAAUCCAACUAAAGAGCGAGUUUUCCACUUCUCAAAGAAGAAAAUCUCAUAUCUCAAAGAGAAAGCCAACGACGAAACCGGCUCCAUUGAUUCGAAAGUGUCUUCUCUUCAAGCGCUGCCGUCUGCCGACAUGAGAAGGAGGCUAAACCCUCCGCUUGAGAAAGAGUGUUUUGGGAAUUUGGCUCAUCUCGCGGUAGCUACGACCACAGUGGGAGAGGUUUUGGACCACGGUCUAGGCUGGACCGCUUUGCAAAUAAGUAAAUCUGUGAGGUCACAAACGAAUGAAAGUUAUAAUGCGUUUGCAGAGAAUUGGGUUAGAAAUGUUGAGGUCCCAAAAAUAGGGGUUGGAAGUAGAAUGGCUGAUAAUUCUUUGAUCGUUGCAAGCUCUCCAUGGUUUGACGUGUACGGUCAUGAUUUCGGUUGGGGAAAACCGGUCGCGGCUCGAGCUGGACCGAGUAAUGGUGUUGGUGGUUUGCUCGUAAUGUUUCGUGGGGUUGAAGAAGGGAGUAUUGAUGUUCAUGCGAUCUUGACUUCAUCAUUAUGGUCUGAUGCACUAGCUAUUAUUAAGAAUCCUUGUUAG